AUGGGUCACUGCGAUGGACUCACGUUGUGCAUGUGGAGCACGGAAUCAUCAUUAUUCGCCAAGCUCGUCCUUUGGAAUCCCCUCACAAGGAAGAUCAACCUGGUCCAGCCUAGUCCCAUUCAACGGCGGUUCAGGGCUUAUGAUUCCUACGGGCUCGGGUACGACACUAACAAGCCUCAACGUGAGUACAAGAUACUGAAGUUUUCCCUUAAACACUAUGUUGGAGAAGUUGAGAUAUUCGACUGCAACACGAAGUCGUGGAAAAUUCUUGAUGUUGGCAAGGUUGACCGGGGAGUACGUCGCUACUGCAACGGUGUGUCUGUGGACGGUAACAUGUACUGGCUUGGUAGGAAUCAGAAAAGAAACUAUAUUCUAGGAUUUGAUUUCUCCCUUGAGAAAUUCAAUGACAUAUAUCUUUUUCCAUGUGAUUCUAAUUACCCUGAUGAGGAUACCUACCUAGGCGGCUACAAUGGGGAUUGCUUGUCUUUGGUAGAACAAAACCAAGAACAAACAAGUCCCAUCGUGGUGUCGGUUUCCAGCAAGUUGGCUAAUGGGAAUGUGUCCUUUACCAAAUACUUCUCUGUGGCCAGACCUGAUCUCCCGGCGUUACGCAACAAGAUGUUAGAGACAGAGAUUUUGACAAAGUUGCUAUGCAUCCUGGUGACAUUGUUAGUCGAGCUAUGGCUGUAUCCUUUUGCGCAGUAUGUUUCAUGGGUUAAAGAGGAAAGAUAUAUCUAA